AUGGCUGAUACGUUGGGAUACAGUGGAUCGCAUUGCGCACUGGCUUGUCUGCCAGAGAACUGCAAACGUACCGAUGUGACGUGUUGCCGAAGGGACAGUCCCCCUCUUCUGAUCGGGCCUGAGAAUGUCAAUAGGGAUUUGCACCAACGUACGCAUAAUAGCGGGACGGAUGGCUCUAAUGAUUACUCGGCAUCCGCAGAGCAACAUUGCAAUGCGGCGAGUGUAGCGGAUUAUCGAUGA